UUUUUUUUUUUUUUUUCUGGUCGCGAGGCGAGAAGCGGAGCGGCGGCGGAGGAGAAGUGCAUCGGCCGCUGGCUUGGCGGAGGAGGACCUGCACAUGUCGGUUUGUUUCUCCGCCCUGAAACGGUUGGAGGACGGAGAGGAGGAGGCGAAGGAGCCGUGAGGAAAGAAGAAGCUCCUCGAAGAUAUUAAGACAAAGGUUCCGACUCCGAGCGAGGAUAAAAAAUACUGUUAGAGAUAAAUACAGAAGCCAGAAGGACAGCAGUGAUGCGGCAGCCAAGGUGGGCCCAGAUUGAUCAUUUAAUGAUAUCAUCGCUCAGAACCGGACUCUGAUUCUGUCCAUAUCAGUUCUCAUCGAGGAGCUUGAACAAUAAACGCUCCUGGGAUUCUUUUCUUUGCUUGUUUUGACUCGGACAGGCAGGAGCUUAAUUAUGACUUAUCCCAAAUUUAGGCCGAUGACUUGAGUUUGUGUGAGAGCAUCACUGGGGAUUAAAAAAAAAAAAAGAACAGAAGAUUUCAGGGAUGCUGCUGCCAUUUUACCUUUUUAGAUAAAAAAAAGAAGCAAAAAAACAAUCCAGGCAGCUCAGAACUGGACACCCUGAUAUCUCUCUCUCCCCUGUCUUCCCCUCUUUCUUCCUCCUCUUGAUCCAUUGAUCCAGAAGGCCAUCCUCAGACCGACGCCAUCUAUAACCAACAUCCAUCAUCGUCAUCAUGGAGACCAAGCUGCCUCCGUCCAGCCCGUCCUCGCCCACCACCAGCUUCUCGGUGCCCUCCGCGGAGAAGGUGGAUGGCUUCCCGCGGAGGUCCAUGCGCAGAGCGCGGCAGAGGAGGUCCCACAGCUCGUCCCAGUUCCGCUACCAGAGCUCCCAGGUGGAGCUGACCCCGCUGCCCCUGCUCAAAGACGCCCCGGUGGCAGAGCUCCACGACCUGUUCUGCAAGAAGCUGCAGCAGUGCUGCGUGCUGUUCGAUUUCCUGGACUGCGUGGCCGACCUGAAGGGGAAGGAGAUCAAACGCGCGGCGCUGAACGAGCUGGUGGAGAGCGUGGCCACGAGCAGAGGCGUCCUCAUAGAGCCUCUCUACCCCGAGGCCAUAAAAAUGAUCUCAGUCAACAUCUUCCGCACUCUUCCUCCCAGUGAGAACCCAGAGUUUGACCCAGAGGAAGAUGAGCCGACACUGGAAGCAUCGUGGCCACAUCUGCAGCUGGUGUACGAGUUUUUUCUGCGAUUCCUUGAAAGCCCAGACUUCCAGCCCUCCAUGGCCAAACGCUACAUCGACCAGAAAUUUGUUUUGCAGCUCCUGGAGCUGUUUGACAGCGAGGACCCCCGGGAGAGGGAGUACCUGAAGACCAUCCUGCACCGUGUUUACGGAAAAUUACUGGGCCUUCGAGCUUACAUCCGCAAACAGAUCAACAACAUCUUCCUCAGGUUCAUUUAUGAAACUGAGCACUUCAACGGCGUGGCUGAGCUGCUGGAGAUCCUCGGCAGCAUCAUAAACGGCUUCGCUCUGCCUCUGAAGGCCGAACACAAACAGUUCCUGGUGCGAGUCCUCAUCCCGCUCCACACGGCAAAGUCCCUCUCCAUCUUCCAUGCACAGCUGGCCUACUGUGUGGUGCAGUUCAUGGAGAAAGAUGCUACGGUGACUGAAUAUAUUAUCAGAGGGCUGCUCAAGUACUGGCCCAAAACCUGCACCCAGAAAGAGGUGAUGUUUCUGGGGGAGAUCGAGGAGAUUCUAGACGUGAUAGAACCGUCUCAGUUCAUCAGGAUUCAGGAGCCUCUCUUCAAACAGAUAGCAGCCUGCAUCUCCAGCCCUCACUUCCAGGUCGCAGAACGAGCUCUUUACUUCUGGAACAACGAAUACAUCCUCAGCCUGAUCGAGGAGAACUGUCAGGUCAUCCUGCCGCUGGUGUUUGCUACGCUCUACAGAGUCUCCAAGGAGCACUGGAACCAGACCAUCGUGUCUCUGAUCUACAACGUGCUGAAGACAUUCAUGGAGAUGAACAGCAAACUGUUUGAUGACCUCACCGCCUCCUACAAAGUGGAGAAACAGAAGGAAAUGAAGCGGGAACGGGAGCGCAUCGAGCUCUGGCGAGGCCUGGAGGAGUACCAGGAGCGCCGGAUGCAGAUGCUGACGGAGGCGGCCAGGAACCAGCGCAACCUCCUGGAGAGGGACGAGAGAGGGGACCCCCUGAGCUCCUUGUCUCCGCAGACGGCUCAGUCCGACCAGCCUGAGCCCAAACCCAGCGGGGCCCCCUCUGGAGCUGGGGAGAGCGCCACCUAGGUCCUGCUCCACCCCCCCACCCACACAGGAUAAGGGGGAUAGGGUGGUGGGGACUUGAGGUUGAUGUUGUUGGGAGACAGAAAAAGGUAUAAAAUAAUUUCUUUUUCAUCUUGUGUCAUCGAGGAGGCAGCUUCUUGUAAAAAAAAAAAAGGUGCGAUCUCUGUGACGCGACACCGUACCUUCUUUCUGGCAGCGUUGUGUGAAACUGGUUCACUUUUAGCUGUGCACACAUCAUGUCUCAGACCAGAAGAUCUAAAGGUGCGAACUGUCCUUUUAUUUAUUCGAGCUUAGACUCAGUAGCUGGCUCAGUUUAAAUCAGCUGUAAAAACAGGAGUGGCCUCGUACGUCACCUUCAGGUCCCAGAGAUGCACAAACAAAACAAAAAGAAGCAAUUUCACACAAAUGUCCCAAAGCUACACACACACACACGUAUUUACUGUAAAUAUCAGAGCUACAGAGGCGUAUGCUGGUUGGACAAACCUCACACAGCUGAUUCAGACGCUACAAACACACACAUUUACUGAUUCACAAACAUCCGGUUGUGGCGCCAACUCCUCUCCCGAUCUGCGCGGCUCCACCGAAACACAACCCGAGGUUCCUUAAACUGCAGCUGAUGAUGACCAUGAUGAUAUAAAGUACAAUAAUGUUCCUUCUUCUUACUCGUUACUCUACUACUCUACUCUAAGUACUACUGAUGUUUUUAUAUAUAUACAUAUGUCUGGAUAUUUCUGUAGUGUAUUAUGGGAGAAACACUAGUGUAGCAGAAACCAUAAAGAGGAAGGCCGACGUGAAACUCACAGUGUGGUACGAGGCCAUAACUCGAGUGCUGAAAUUCAGCAGAAUGCCCCUUUAACACCUUGAAGAGGGGAGGAAUGAACUGGGUUCUCCACGGUUGUUUUCUUUUAUUUUGAAAGGUUUGUGGUGUGGCAGGAAUCUCUGAACAGUCCUGGUUUAUCUGCUAACAGUGGAACUAGCCUCUCAUUUAGCAGAUUAGCUAUUGUUUUUUUAUUAGAUAUCAUUAAUUUUAAGUCCACUAAAAACAUCACAAGUAUUAAACUUCUAUUUUUAUGCCAUUUAUCACAAAUUAGAUAAAAAUGAUCCCCUCUUAUAAGGGAGUGUCAGGCACUGUGUGUAGCAUGUAGCAUCUUUAGCAGCUAAACGUAAAACUAAGAACUUUAAAAAUAAAUCAUUUAACAUUAUUUAAAUAACAAAUAGAUAAUUGAUUACAUUUACAAUGUAAAUACAAACUCGAUCAAAGAAAUGCUUUUAUUCUGAAAGGGGUAAACUGUAAGUAUCAGAAGUUAGACAGAACUAUAACUGGUUUUAAUUGGUCGAUUUGCCACAGAUGAUCCCACCCACCUUCAAAUUAAACCAAUAACAACAGGUUUGGAUCAGUCCCACCAGUCUCCAACUUGAAGGAAGUGAAGACGGACAAUCGUCUUAGUGGUUAGCGUUAACGUAUGCUAAUUUAAAAAAAAUCUGUUUAGCACUUUAGCAUUAGCUGAGCUAAAAUUCUUGUUUAAUGGAUUAGUGAAAAAAAAUCUCAGUGAAGUUACAGACGGACUAAUGAAGGACACCACAAGCUUUUCAAAAUAAAAGAAAAAACCUGGUUCUGACCCAGUCUGUGUCCGUAUGUCCGGCCGACCUGAAGCUGCUAGAUGGUGAAGAUGAUCAUUUCAUUGUGAAACAACAGAAUUUGUUCAUUCUCGUCCGAUCAUUAUGAUAACGUGACUGGAGAGAAGAAGGGGGAAAAACAGAAAAACAUUAUUUUAGCAAUAUUUUCAUUCUUUCAGGAUAAUCUGUGUGUUUCUGAAGGAGGGAAACAGGAAGUGACGAGCUUCCUCUAGUUUGUCCUCCUGAUCAUUCUCACCAUGUCUUAAAGGUACCUUCUUUGUAAAUUAAUUUGAUGAGAAACGAUUUUAAUUUGUAAUUUUGUUGUUUUUUUUUCCAUUGGUUUUUUUAUGACUUUGUUCAUUUUGUGGAAAACCGACAAUGAUGCUAUUUAUUUUCUAUUUGAUCAGGAAAUGUAACCAGGUUGUGUGUGUUGAGCGUGUGUGUGUGUGUGUGUGUGUGUGUGUGUGUGUGUGUGUGUGUGUNGUGUGUGUGUGUGUGUGUGUGUGUGUGUGUGUGUGUGUCUGUGUGUGUGUGUGCCGAUGAUGAUGGAGAACGAGAGGAAACGAUGAUCUCUCUGCUUCUUUUAUUUCUCGCCCUCUUCUCCUUUUCGAGGGACUGGGUUUGAAUUUGAAUGUAUUGUAAAAUGUUUUUGAUUUGUUGUGUUUUUUUUUAUGCUAAAACACGGAGCUACCUGUCAGCUGCUUUGUAACAAACGGUCACUUCACGCCUGAAUCAACAAAGUUUCAAAAUCACUUUUAUUUUCAGCCAAAAGUGUGAAAAUUCAACCUUCACCAAACUGAUUCUUCUGAUUCUACAGAUUGUUUAAAAGAUAUUAAAGUUUGGACCCUCUUCUAGCCCCCAGCUUUAAAUAACGGUUGAGUAGAAAAUCCCAAAGAUGAGAUGAUUCAAGGCAACUUAAAAUUUUAAAACAAAACCUUUUAAAGGAGACAUAUUGUGCUUUUAAACCCUUUUUCACAUAUAAACCAUUCAUUUGGGGUCUUUAUAAAGUGGAACUGCAACACUUUGGUCUGAAUUAUCCUUAUUUUAACUCCACAAGCCCCGCCCCUUUUUUGGGGUGUGUCUCAGAUCAGCUCGUUUUGAGGCUGUCUCUUAAAAAUAAGACCCAAACUGAAUAUAAAGCCGUCUAUGCAGCAUUAAUUAAGCUUUUCUGCAUUUCUAGAGACUCAAAGUACAACAAAAUGUAUUUAACGGCUAAAAAAGUGGAUUUUGCAUGAUAAGUCCCCUUUAAACAAACAAAUGUCCUGUAAAAACUGAAUCUUAUCUCCAUGACACUCAACUCUAAACCGUUUAAACUAAAACAAAUUAAUACAAUAAUUGAAACUUUCAGCACUCACAAAUAAGUUUUAUAUAACUUUUAAAAAGAUUAGAGCGACAAGAACGAACAGGCUUCACCCCGAGGAAACUCAGAUCUGCUCCUUCCCGUUGCCACAACACGUUAAAGCUGUUGAACGUAUUAGUGAGUGCUGACAGUUUCAGCUUUUAUCAGCAGCUUUAACAGUGAACAGAAGCUCCACACAAAUUUGAUUUUGAAACUUUAGUUUGAUUCAGGUAAAAAAAAAAAAAAAAGACGACAGCAAAAUGGCCAAAAAGUGUGAAUUCACUGGCACAAACGUUUUUAUUUUUUAAAACCUUUUUUUUGUACUUUUGUUGCAACUUGUUGGAUUUAAAAUUGAUUGUUACUCUCAGCCAAUCAGCUGGAAGAACCGAACCCUUAAAUGCAUUUAAUGUUUUUAAAACCCCAGAUAAUUUCACUCGUUCAGCACUGCUUCAAAACGAAGAGAGGAGGGAGGGGUUUUAGACGUCCAAACGUUGGUUUAACCGUCAUGUUGUCCUCUCUUUGUUUAUUGGGAGGAACUUAAAGGCUCAGAAGGAAGGUGGGUUGAAGGCGAAACUCAAACAGGAAGUAAAACGAGCGGAGGAGACAGAGGAGAGGAGAUGAGAUCGACGCGAAAGCGCGGCAAUAAGUCAGGAUGAGAAUAUAAAGUUCAUAAAACCUACGAGCGCAUUACGUAGCAACUUCACAGAAUCUCUAGAUUUGCACUGUCUGCCCAAUGAUCUGUGUUUGUUUUUGUUGAAGAUAAAAAAAAAUAGAGAAGAUGAUAAAGAGGAUGAUGAAGAUGUAUAUUUUGGGGACCAACACAUCAGCGAUUGAGGGGUGGGGGGUGGGUUUGAAUGUAGAGAAACUUACUGUAUGUUACAUAACAGGGAUGUAGAACGGACAAAAAAAUCUAUGUGCUAAAAAAAAUGAAACUUCACUUUGAGAAAACA